AAAAAAAUCUCUUUCUCGAUUUUUGUCUCAUUUUAAUAUUUAACAGUUAUCUCCCAAUUUUUUUAAUCCUUCUGCAUUCUUCGUUUCCAAAACCAAAGUUUGAUGAUCUUUUCUUCUGUUCACGUUUUGGAAACUUUCAAGCAAAACCCACUUUUUUUUCCUUCUUUUUGCUUGUUCCACUUUUGAUUAGUCGUUGUCUGCAUUAAUUAAUUUCGUGGGUGUAUGAUGAAAUUUACAUAGAUUAUUUGUGGGUGUGUGAUGAAAUUUUUUGGUCUGGAUUGAACAGAAGAAGAGUUGUAAUGGAGUUUUUUCUUGCCAAAAGAGACAAAACCAGAACAAAUUUUGUGAAAAUCAUUCUUUUCAGUUUUUAUACAUCUCUGGUUUUGACGUCUGUCGCACAACUUCUGCCUGAAGAAGAAGUACAAGUUCUUCAAACAAUAUCAUCGAGAUUACAGAACAAACAUUGGAAUCCUACACGAAGAUCUUGCAGUGAGGGUACCGGUUUUAACGUGACCAUUUGGGGUGACGAUGUCUACAGCAAUGUGACAUGUGAUUGUUCAUUUGUUAACAACACUGUUUGCCAUGUUACACACAUCCAGAUGAAGGGUUUCAAUCUGACUGGAACCUUACCUGCAGAAUUUGCAAAUCUUACUUAUCUGGAAGAGUUAGAUCUAACUCGCAAUUAUAUCAAUGGAUCAAUUCCUCCAAGCUUCAAUCGGCUUCGUCUUAGAAUUUUGUCACUUCUUGGAAACCGUAUUAGUGGUAUAAUUCCGGAAGAAAUUGGUGACAUCGCCACUUUGGAACAGUUGAUUUUGGAAGAUAAUCUGCUUGAAGGAAAUAUUCCGCCAAAUUUGGGAAGUUUGAGCAAUUUGAGAAGACUCCUUCUUUCUGCAAAUAAUUUCACGGGGACAAUACCGGAGGAAUUUGGCAAUCUAAAGAACUUGACUGAUUUUAGGAUUGAUGGUAGCAGAUUAUCAGGAAAGGUGCCUGAUUUAAUUGGCAACUGGACUAAAAUUGAAAGGCUAGAUUUGCAAGGUACAUCAAUGGAGGGCCCCAUUCCUUCUAUUAUAUCCCAAUUGAAAAACUUGGAAAUGUUGAGGAUGUCUGAUUUGAGUGGACCAACCACGCGUUUCCCCAAUUUGCAAAACUUGACAGCCAUGGAGGAGUUGGUAUUACGAAAUUGUUCAAUUACUGGUCCAAUCUCAGAAUACAUAGGAAACAUGGAGGAUCUAACAGUAUUAGACCUGAGUUUCAACAUGCUGAAUGGUCAAAUACCAAAUAAUCUUCAGAGGUUGUCGCGAAUAGACUUCAUGUUUCUGUCUCAUAACUCACUAACUGGAGAGGUACCUGGUUGGAUUUUGGAUAGCAGAGAUAAAAUGGAUGUAUCCUACAACAACUUUACAGAGUCGCGAGCAACUGGCUGCCAGUUCUCCUCUGUGAACUUAGUUGCCAGCCAUUCAACUUCCACCAGUGACUCAACUAUAUGGUGUUUGAAGAGGGACCUCCCGUGCCCCGGAAAACCCAAUUAUUAUUCAUUGUUUAUAAAUUGCGGUGGAAGAAAGAUUACCUUCGAAGGAAAUGAAUAUGAAGAGAACUUAAGUGCGGAUGGUCCGUCAUACUUUGAGUCCCAUGAUAGAUGGGCUUAUAGCAGUACAGGGCUGUUCAUGGGGGAGGAUGAUGCCAAAUUUGUUGCAAUAAACAAUUCUUCUUUGACAAUGACUGGUGCAGAAUUUUAUCAAACAGCUCGCCUCUCCCCUUCUUCACUCAAGUAUUUUGGACUUUGCUUGCGCAGAGGUAGCUACAGAGUGCGUCUCCAUUUUGCCGAAAUAAUGUAUACUGAUGACUCCACCUUUAGCAGCCUUGGAAGGCGGAUAUUUGACGUGGCAAUCCAGGGGGAGGUUGUUUUGACAGACUUUGAUAUUGUGAAGGAAGCUAAUGGAGUUAGGAAAGGUAUUUACAGGGAUUUUAAUGUCCUCGUCAAUGGAAGUACACUGGAGAUCCAUUUGUACUGGACAGGGAAGGGCACCACAGCCAUCCCCGACAGAGGGGUAUAUGGACCCUUGAUAUCUGCAAUAGCUGUGACACCAAACUUUGAUCCUGAUACGGGGGGACUAUCUGCUGGAGCUAUCGCUGGGAUUGUAGUUUCUUCAUGUGUGGUAGGGUUUUCUAUUGUAGCUGCACUUUGGAUGAAAGGUUAUCUUGGAGGAAAAGAUGUUGAAGAUAAAGAACUUCGAGCCCUUGAUCUACAGACAGGUCACUUUACCCUGAGACAAAUUAAAUCUGCUACAAACAACUUCGACCAUGCCAACAAGAUUGGAGAAGGAGGAUUUGGCCCUGUGUAUAAGGGUGUACUGUCAGAUGGUACUAUUAUUGCUGUGAAGCAACUCUCAUCCAAGUCGAAGCAAGGAAACCGUGAAUUUGUUAAUGAAAUAGGCAUGAUAUCUGCUCUACAACAUGACAACCUUGUCAGGCUCUAUGGGUGCUGUAUAGAAUCAAAUCAGUUGCUUCUGAUAUAUGAAUACCUGGAAAAUAAUUCUCUUGCUCGAGCACUUUUUGGUCGUGAGGAGCAACGGUUAAACCUUGACUGGUCUACUAGAAAGAAAAUAUGCUUAGGAAUAGCUAAAGGUCUGGCUUAUCUUCAUGAGGAAUCUCGGUUAAAAAUCGUCCAUAGAGACAUAAAGGCUACAAAUGUGCUUCUCGACAAGGAUCUAAAUGCCAAGAUAUCAGACUUUGGUUUGGCUAAGCUUGAUGAAGAAGAAAACACCCACAUCAGUACGCGAAUUGCUGGAACUAUAGGUUAUAUGGCUCCUGAAUAUGCGAUGAGGGGUUAUUUGACAGACAAAGCAGACAUCUACAGCUUUGGAGUAGUUGCGCUAGAAAUUGUCAGCGGAAAAAGUAACACCAAUUACAGACCAAAAGAGGAUUUCGUCUACCUUCUUGAUUGGGCUUAUGUCCUACAAGAGCAAGGUAAUCUUUUAGACCUCGUGGACCAUAUUCUCAGUUCGAACUAUUCUGAAGAAGAGGCGAUGCGGAUGUUAAAUUUGGCGCUGUUGUGCACAAAUCCAUCUCCUUCACUUAGACCGGCUAUGUCUUCCGUGGUGAGAAUGCUCGAAGGCAAAAUCCCAGUCCAAGCACCAAAAAUAAUGCGUCGUACGCCAAGUGAGGGGAUUAGAUUUAAAGCAUUCGAGAAACUCUCACAAGAUAGCCAAACGCAUGUAUCGACAUACUCGCAGGAUAGUAAGGAACACAAUAGUGUUUCGAGAGAUGGACCAUGGAUUGAUUCGUCGAUCUCUUCUUUAAGCAAGGAUGAAACUCAGGAUCAUUCUGCAGCAAGUAGGCUGCUUCCUGAUCUUUAUGAUGUAAAUUUAGAUUAACUGAUGAUGCGUACUAGAGAAAUUUGUUUAUCUGAUUCUCGUACUAAUGUUUUCUUGGAAUUUCCGAAUGAUUAGUAGAAGGAAAAACUUUUGGUGGUUUUAUUACCGUUUUCA